UCAGCAGUCCAUACAGACUCCCUGCUGGGACGGUAGUCGGUUAUCUUCAUACGUUCACACACAGUAACUCCUCCCUCCACUCAACACGUCCACACUGCGUAGUUGGUGAGUGUUUUCAGACUGACUCAUCUCAUAAAAUAGCAAACUCCGGAUGAAGCUUCAUAGGAUUGUAAUUGUUCCCGGGGCACUACUUGGCCUGGUGUAUGUUGUCGGCUAUUUGGAGCUUUUACGAAGACACACGAAUGUGCAGGAAUGUGAGCACAGGGACACUGAACAUACAGCAGUAAUGCAGAGAAAGAAACUAAAUGACGAGCAGCUUGUGUCGAGUACCAAUUACGAAACCGAGGUCAACCAGCUAGUUGACAUUUUUCGGGAGAAAGUAGCAACCCUGAAGAAGAAACAUAUUUGGUCCGAGCUACACCCCUUUCCACGAUGCACAGGCAAAGAGAAAAAAGCAUUGGACAUGUGCAAUGACACAGCCGCCUGCAAAAACCCACUUCCGGCGGCUGACAGUCUAGAAAACAUCCGCAAUAUUCUUACACCUGUAACCAAACUACAAGAGGGGGCACUGGGAAGGAUAAAGGAUGUUUUCAACAUACAGGAGAGGAGGAAAUAUGCUUUUGUCACGGCAGCGUCAGCAGAUCACUUUGAUGAAUCCCAGGAGAUGAUCAUGACUCUGGACAAAUACAUUUUCCCUCAUUUGAGCAACUACUCCUUCUAUUAUUACGACAUGGGGCUGAACAGAAGUCAGGUCAAACUGCUACAGCAAUAUGGCAGAGCCGAGAUAAAACGGUACCCGUUUGAUUUGCUGCCUGAUCGGUUUUCCUACUUGAAGUGUUACACGUGGAAACCCGUCGUGAUACAGGCUCAUUUUGACCAUGCGGAGUACACAUUUUGGCUGGACGCCUCUGGACGGUUCGACAAGGGCAACCUGCGUGAGAUGUUCGACUUGCUGAAAGAAACCGGUGUGCUUUUGUCACCAUGGCCAAAAUAUCCUUUUGCACAACAUUGUUCAAAGCACAUGUUUUCCUACUUCAACACUGAAGCAUGCCACUUUUCAGUUUAUCACGAAUCUGAAGCCAAUGUGAUAAUGCUACACAACCAGCCAUUCACAAGACGUCUCAUAAUGGACCCGUGGGUGUCCCGCGCAGUGGACCCAAACUGUUUGUGUCACCCAGGCGCAACAGAUUUGUUUUCGUGUAACUUCAGUAUCAGGAAGUAUGGGAAAUGUCACCGUUCGCCAUGGCUAGAGCUGCUACAAAUGUCUGACAUGGCCAAAGCCACAUGGCUGGUGCUGCCACAAAUGACUGACAUGCCCAAAGCCACAUGGCUGGUGCUGCUACAAAUGUCUGACAUGCCCAAAGCCACAUGGCUGGUGCUGCUACAAAUGUCUGACAUGCCCAAAGCCACAUGGCUGGUGCUGCUACAAAUGACUGACAUGCCCAAAGCCACAUGGCUGGUGCUGCUACAAAUGUCUGACAUGCCCAAAGCCACAUGGCUGGUGCUGCUACAAAUGUCUGGCAUGCCCAAAGCACCAUUGUAG